ACUAUACUUAGUAUAAGCAUGCAUCCGUGAGGCAUCCUUUUUGCAGUCUGCGACUGAGAAAAAGGACGGUUCCUCCUCACUCGGCAAAAAUGGCACACCUUGGCAUGUUGAAAAUCAUGGAAAUCAACCCGGUUUCCAGAUUUUUUGAAGAACUAUCGGGUACCAUUGGAUUCCCCAUUGUGGAUUUAAGAUUCUACGCUUCGAUCCUCAUUUGCUAUCCUCUUGCCCUGUUCUCUCGCCGAUAUGUCAUCCACUCUGCCCCAAGCACUCAACAUCUCUUCUAUGCAGCAGCCGGCCUGUCCCUUGCGUACUUCAACUUCGGACUGGAUUGUAUGCACUACAUUGUGACCAUAAUAGCAAACUUUCUACUGCUUCAGCUGGUUGGAGGAACUAGGACAUCAGUAGCAGCUUCCUUUGCAUACAACAUGGGCUAUUUACUAGUUGCAUAUUUCUUCAAGAAGGAAGACUUCCACAUGCUCGCUUGGGACACUCCCCAAUGCGUCCUGUGUCUCAAGAUGAUUGGUAUGGCAUUAGACGUCUAUGAUGGUCACAAACCUGACAAGAAAAGCCUAAACAAGGACCAGAAAGAGCAUUAUUUACCCAGACUACCAAGUCUCCUUGAGGUUGCAGGAUUUGCUUUCUUCUUUGCUGCCUUUAUGGGAGGCCCCCAGUUCUCGAUGCGUCAGUACUUGUACCUGGCCAAUCAACAGCUGUUACCCAAGGGAGAGAUGGAGAAUCCGUCCAACCUUCGACCUGCUCUCAAGAGAUUCUUACAGGGUCUUGUCUAUCUUGGAUUAACCAUCUUCUGUCUUCCCGUCUACAGUCAAGUGUACUUGAAGAGUGACCAGUUCAUGCAAUCAUCAUUUCCCAGCCAAGUUCUAUCGAUUCUCCUCUGGGGUAUCUUUGAUAGAAGCAAGUACAUCACAUCGUGGGUUAUGGCUGAAGGAAGCUGUAUUCUAACUGGUUUGGGGUAUAAUGGAAUUGACAAGGCUGGCGAGACCAGGUGGGAUCAUUGUGAAAACGUCCAUGUUUACAACUAUGAAACUUCAACAACUAUCAGAGAGCUCAUAGCAUCGUAUAACGUCAAGACCAAUCUCUGGGCUCGAAGGUAUAUCUACCAGCGACUGAGGUUUCUUGGGUCAAGACCAGUAUCUCAAGCGUCAACGCUUCUAUUUCUAGCAAUGUGGCAUGGGCCCUACACCGGGUACUUCCACGCAUUCAUCUUUGAAUUCUUUGAGCUUCUUAGUGAAGAAACUCUGAUUGAGUUUUGGCGGAUGCUUGGACUGAAGCCGCUAGCAUCGUAUCGUGUUGCGUACAUGAUUGUAUUUCCCUUGUUAAGGGUUCUAAUGCUUUUAGGCUUUGCCUACCCAUUCAUCAGCUUUCAGUUACUCCUUUUUGCAGAAUAUAGUCCAGUCUAUGCAGCUGUGUAUUAUGUUGGUCAUAUUAUCUUUGUCAUACUACCCCUCGUCUAUCUUCUAUUAGUCAAACCAAUCUGUCUGCUUUUCAUCCCAAAAAGAUCUGAGACCGUCAAGAGUGAGUAGAGGAUAUUUGACCAUCGGAGGGAAUCAUUCCAUGAUAGCAUUUUGCAGCGUUAAUUUAAUUGCAUCGACCAGGUAUAUGGCAAGCCACCAAUACCAAUGUUUGCUGUGACCAUAUAUAUCGCAAGCCAACCGUACCCAUAUUUACUGUGACCUGAUGUAUGGUAAGCCGCCCAUUUUCUGGUUAGUGUGACCAGACGUACAUGUAUGACAAGCCACCCAUACCAAUGGUUGCUGUGACCAGAUAUAUGGCAAGCCACAUAUAUUCCAAUGUUUGCUAUUACCAAAUGUAUGGUAAGCCACCCUUCCCAUUGUUUCUGUGAUGAGCAGUCAUCAUUGAUAAGAAUAUGCUCUUUUGCCACGGUCACAGAAAAAGUCACCUGUUUUUGUGAGAAAUUCUAUAUAUUUUCUCAUGAGAUACCGCAAUCAGAUAUGUCUCUCUUCAUCGAGUCACCAAACAUGUGUGCAAACUAUUGUCAUUCAAAAGAAAUAGAUUUGUUUUUGCUUUCUUUUGCAAUGAACAAUAAACAUUAAUCAGGUAAUACUCCAAUCAAAGUAAUAUUCUGUAUACGAUACCCCGAUACACUUGCCAUUAUGCUCAAUGUACUAUUCUGUACUUGAGAUCACGUAGACUUGCCAUGACAAUCAGUGUAAUAUUCUGACCCAUAUCCCAUUAACUUGCCAGUACAAUGAAAUAUAAACUUGCCAUAAUUUUCUUUAAUUUUUGGUAUUAUGUGGAUCCCUCAUAAAGGACAAAACAGGAUUUUGAGGGCAUAGGGCACGUAACCAAAAGUCAGAUCCCCAUUUUCAAAAAUAAUCCUGUAAGCGUCUUUUUGGUUCCAUGACAUUUGCUACAGACGGCGAGGAUUGCUCCGCUGCAAAUUCUAAACGUUAAAUAAAAUGACCAACUUCAGUCCUGGAUUUAACACUAUACCCUAUCAUAUACCCGACCCUAAACCUAACAUUAAAUGAUAUUGCAACCGUAUUCCUAGAUCUUAGAUGAAAUAAAGCCUGGAUCAAUUGUCGCCGGAGUCAAUGUCGUCAGAGCAAAUGCCGUGUCACCGUCUUUACAUCACUAAUCCUCACUUUCAUCGUAGACAAGCAACGGGGAAUGUAGAAUUGCCACUAUGAAAGACACAUAGUUGCAUUCCUACUAAAUAUCGUGGCUCAAACUAGUUAACGUACCUAAACCAACUGUAAAGACACUCAUUAUGAGGUCAAAGUUCAACUGAGUAACAUUCCAACGAUACCUUGAUUAUGUUUCUAGGUUUGAGUACCGUACAUGUAUCCUAAAAAUAAUUUGGAAAAAUUGCAUGUAGUGUAUACUUUAGGCUAAACUACAUAAAAUUUGUAUUACAAAGCUUGCAUUCUGUUAAGACACAAACAGUGAGUAAAGCCCUAUUGAGAGUCAUAAUUGUGAGGUCUAACUUUUUGAAAUUUUGAAACUUUUUUUCGAGAAUCCUGCAGAGAUUUUGACAUACCGUGCUGUUUAUGCAGGUCCAUACUGCACCUACAUUACAACUAUUAACUUCCUUGAUUCAAUUCGCUUAUUAAUGUACCAACUAGACUAAAGUUUAUGCCAUAUGGCAUUUAUUUAUUUGUUAUUAUAAUGUUAAAUUUUGUUGAAAAGAUAUGUAAAUUGAGAAAUAUUUAUAUGAAAUCAAAUUCAAGCCAACUUUGAUAUCAGGUCAUCUUAAGGACUUAAGAUAUCAAGUAAAAAGAAAUAUAGUUCUUGAAGAUGAUCUUUGAUAAAAGGUUAAAGAUUGGAACUCGCCUUCAUGACUCACCUCACCAGAAAUAUAUUCAUAGUUAAAAGUUUAGUUGUUAGGGGAAACGUUUUAUACAUGUUAUGCUAUUUGUUGGACAUUUAAGAGAUUGUGAUAUCAGUUGCAAUUUAAUGGUGUGGUGUUUGAAAGUGAUGGAUGAAUUUCUGUUGAAAUCAACCAAUCAUGUUCAUUCUUUUGCGCGAAACUGACUAGCAAUUAAUUGCAAACUUGCAAUGGAUUACCUGACUUACGAUUGAUUUAUUUGCAUGGAAUGGUAUGUAAUAGCAAGUUUUGUAAUGCUAUUAUCUAUGUAAGAAUUGUUCAACUCACACUUCUCUUUUUAUGAAGCGAUUCAUAUAAUCAUGUCAAUAAUCUUACCUUUCAAGUUUAUUUUCAGAACUUUUAAGAAAUAAUGUGACUUGCCAUAAAAUGUGACUAGUUUUAAGAAUUUAAAACCAAAUCAUGCCAUUGAUAAUUUGAAUGCUACAUGUGUGUACAUGAAUGAAAAUGUUUAACGAUAAUCUAUUCUUGUAUAAGAAUGACUCUAGUUGAAGAAUCAUGCCCAAAAUGAUAUAAAAGAUUUGAAUCAAUGCUUGCAAAUGUAGACUUAUAUGUCAACGGUUUCAAAUGUAAAUAGCAAUCUGGGAGAAUUGAGUGCAACAAAGAAUUGAAUGCAGCUUUGAGACACACUUGAAUCUUUGUGAAAACACUCCCGGAUCAGUUAUGAAAGUGUGUUAUUACUUUAAAUUGGGUGGAGUGUAUAUAUAGCCAUGUGAAUGGUUGUUCUAUAUACAUAAAUGAAGCCCAUAUAUUGUGUGUGUGGUAGUUAGAAAACAAACUUGCCGUUUCAUUACUCUUCAUUUUAAUUUAAAAGUCAUAAUAACCUGCUCUUUGUUGCAAUAUAUUUAGUCUUGCCCAAGUAUACAAAUGGAAAAAAUUCCAUCUAGAUUAGUCGCCUGUCAUUCUAUAUUUAAGUGGACUUGUAAAAAUUGUAGUUUAGAUAAUGCAAUGGGGGCGUCAUGGUCUAGUCGUUAAGACUCUCGUCUUUCAAUCUGAAGGACGUGGGUUCGAUUCCAAGCCAUGGCGUGUUUUCCUUCAGCAAGAGAU